UUUCCCAGUCCCCUCCCCUCUCCGAUCGACACGCCGCCCGCCCCGUCCCGUCCCUCUCCAUUUUCCACUCUCACUCCCCGCAGUCCCCCGCUCGAAGCCUCCAAAACCCUACCGAACUCCGCCCCGCCAGCCAUGGCGCCGCCCCCCACCUCCGGCCCGCAGCAGCGGCGGCUCCUCCAGGCGGCGGCCGACGGCGACCUCCGCCUCUUCAAGAGCAUCGCGAGCGCGCUGGACGGCGGGAAGGGCCGCGUCAAGGAGGCGGUGGAGGCCGUCAGGAAUUGCGGCGCCGGGGCGCUGCACACCGCCGCCGGCCGCGGGAGGACCCCGAUGUGCGCGUACUUGGUCGAGGAGCUUGGCGUGGACGUCAAUGCUGCAGACGACAAAGGUGCUACACCUCUGACUUAUGCACUUCGUUGGCGGGCUGUGGAUACUGUGAGGUAUCUCUUUGAUCAUGGUGCCGAUGCAGAAAAGGCAGAAAAGCCUGGUGAACAAGGUUUUACCCCUCUUCAUGUGGCAGCUGGAGCAGGAUUGUGUGAAAUGAUAGAAGUCUUGCUCUCAAAAGGAGCUGAUGUUAAUUGGUUUUCUUACCGUGGGACACUACUGCAUUCUGCUAUUAUCGGAAAGCAGGUUGCUGCCGUGAAGCUCUUGUUGGAUCAUCAUGCGGAUUGUAACAAGCCAGUGUCCCUACAUUAUACACCUCUGAUCGCUGCUCUCCAUGCCCGCUCGCUGAAAUGUGUGAAGCUUCUGAUUGAGGCGGGUGCUGAUGCGAAGGGUGUUCCUCCGCUAACCCCCUUAAUAGUUGCUGCAAAUGAUGGUUUAACUGAUUUCUACGAACCUUUACUUCGGGCCGGUGCUGAUCCUGAUGUUCGUGAUGAUGGAGGUCAGCUGCCAAUAGAGAUUGCUGCACGUAACAAUAGACGGAAAGAUGUUGAGACCCUUUUUCCAGUAACAUCUCAUAUUCCCUAUGUGCGUGAUUGGAGUGUUGAUGGGAUACUUGCUUAUGUCAAAUCAGUGCCGAAGGAGGAGGAUGACCCGUUAUACAAAAUGGGGCCAGCUUAUCUGAAACUGGAAGGAACCAAGGCUUACAAGAGAAAAGAUUAUGUUUCUGCAAUAAAUUUCUACUCCAUGGCAAUCAAGCUUAACCCUGGAGAUGUAACCUUGCAUUCAAAUAAGAGCCUUUGCUGGAUUAACCUGGGGGAAGGAGACAAGGCCUUGGAGGACGCCGAGUUUUGCAGGAUGAUACGGCCUGAUUGGCCAAAGGCCUGUUACAGGCAAGGGGCUGCCCAAAUGUUAUUGAAGAACUAUGAAAAGGCAUGUGAAGCAUUCCAAGAUGGUCUGAAGUUGGACCCAACAAAUGUUGAGAUUGAGAAUGCAUUACGUGUGCGGUUCAGGGAACCGGAGGUGAGACAAUGCGACAUGAAGCAGGCUAGUAUGGACGUACUCCUCCUUGCGUAUUCCGGUGUGGUUGCAGUAAGGCCUGUGAAAUGCCCAACACACAGUGCUCAAGACCCGAUUUGCGGCAGCGUGGAUGAAUGUGUCCAAGAAUGCGGCGAUGAAGGCUACCAUUUUGAGAUGUGCAGCCAUUGCAAAUGUUUCUGCUUCAACUGCAGCUCAUCACUUGACGCUAAACCGGCACCCGGAGCCUUGAGUCCUUGAACGAGUACGCACCUAAUCUAAAAAGCUGCAUCAAUAAACAAAAAUUGAUAUCCUUUUCCUUUGUUUUUCUUCUUUGGUCCUUUGUAUGUGGAUGGUCAAAGAGGAUCUUGUGUUCUAUAUAUAUUAACGUGGGAUAGCGGAACCCAUUCAGCCGAUUUGUAUGGAAAAUAAAAGUCCUCCUAAAUUAGCACUUCUGUGCAAAAGUGCAUGGAUGCCUUCAGUUCCAAGUCCACAAUAAAACAAUCACAAGUGGUCGA